AUGUUGUUCACUCCAGAGUUUGAGAAUACAACUGCUGAUCCUAAUUCUAUUAGAACUUUGAAUAAUAUUUUAGAGUCUAUCAAUGAAAAAGUUGCUGUACCACCCCAAAUUUCAUUCGAGUCGGAUUAUGGAGAUGCUUACACCCAAAGCAAUCAAAAGCAUUUCUUUCUGGAAAAAAUGCGAGACAAGACAUUGAAAAUGGUGGUCCCUGCAGUCGAGCCGCCAUACGUAAACUACGUGAACUUUACUGACGCGGCUGUCACAGAAAAAGGAUACGGGCCAGGAGUUGUCAUCGAGAUACUUAAAGAAAUUGGAAAACGACUCAAUUUGACCUUCGAGAUAGUCCCAGCGUCUGGCAGCACUUGGGGUGAAUAUUUAAAUGGAUCAUGGACCGGUGCAUUCGGACAGCUUGUCAGAGGGGAAGUCGAUUUACUUGCAGGAGGCGCUAUCAUGGAGUAUGAUCGGAGUGUGAUCUCUGAUCUCACCUAUCCUUUUCAAUUCGAGCCGACGGGAAUCAUGAUAAGAUCACCAGAAAAAUACGAAGACGAUACACUACUCAUUGUGACUGAGCCUUUCUCUUGGGAAGUAUGGGUUAUAACGGCAGCUGUCAUUUUAAUUUCUGGAGUGAUUUUUCUUGGAAUGACAAAUAUUUUGAGAAAGGUGUACAAGGAAAUGUCAGUGACGCCAUUUGAAUCUAUUUGGGUGUUUUUCUCGAUAUUCGUUCAGCAAGGCCUACCCGAACAACCGCGAAGCUGGAGUUGUCGAGUGCUCGUUGCAUUGUGGUGGUUGGCUAGUAUUACACUCAGCGCCACGUUCACUGGAAGUCUGGUGGCGCUUUUCGCCGUCGACAAAACUAAUCUGCCGUUUCAAAAUAUAGAGCAACUGGUGAAGUUAGUCAAGCAAGGGAGAUUCGAAAUAGUUAUGGAUGAGAACUCAUUUACAAGAACUGAAAUGAUUGCUAGAUCAAAACUCCCGGUCUACAGAGAUUUAUGGCACGAAAUGAAUGUGAAUCACAAAGUGAAAUAUGUGAAUGGAAUAUCGAGAGGCGUCGCUUUUGUGCGUGCAAAUCCAGGAUACGCACUAUUAGGACCAAUGGCUACACUAAACUUCUACGCGUACUCGGAUUGUAAAGUGAUACUUUUGAAUGAUGGAAUUCUACCUGUUUAUCUUUCGAUUCCACUCGCAAAACACUCAUUGUAUUCGUCAUAUUUUUCAACAAAAAUCCGAGAAAUGGUGGAGCGAGGUUUCACGCAGAAAUGGAUAGCAGACUACAGAUCUUACGUCGCUAUGCAGAAGAUAAAUGAGUGUAACUCCACGACCGUCGGACCAAAAAGUUACUUGGAUUUGAAGAGGGCACAAGGAGCAUUUUGGGUUUUCCUCGGUGGUGUCAGUAUUGGUGUGACCCUGUUUGUUGGAGAAUUUAUUUUCAAAUUUUUCCGAGAAAAAAUGACUAAACAUGACGAUGUUGGAAAACCAUUUGAGGAAGUGACAACAGUAUCUCCAAAUUCUAUCCAGAAUAUUCCUAACACAGGAAAUCUUGACAGUAUCCAGCCAUCCGAGCCUCCACUAAAUGAAAACAAUAUAGCAGACAACUGGAGUUUGCGUCGUCGAAAUGUUUUGAAUUUAUCCCUCGAUUUGUCAAGAAUCGCUAACUAA